AUGACCAGAAAGAUCUUCACAAACACCAGGGAGCGGUGGAGGCAGCAGAGUGUCAACAGCGCCUUCGCCAAGCUGAGGAAACUCAUCCCCACUCACCCUCCAGACAAGAAGCUGAGCAAAAAUGAAACGCUUCGCUUGGCAAUGCGGUAUAUCAACUUCUUGGUCAAGGUCCUGGGAGAGCAAAGCCUAGAGCAAACAGGACUAGCUGCUCAGGGAAACAUUCUGGGGCUCUUUCCCCAAGAGCCCCACCUGCCAGCCUUGGAUGAAAGACUUCUACUCAAUGACUAUGGAGUUUCCUCCCCUGGCCCCAGCUGUGAGGCUCCCUAG